AUGAUCCAGGUGGACAGUAUUGCCAGUGUCGGUACCACCCCUGACUCCGAUAAGGACGUCGCGUUGGCAAUGGUCAGCGAUGUCGCCCAGGAAAUCGAUCCAGUCGUCGCGAAAAGAGUGCUCCAAAAAAUCGAUCUCUAUUUCAUGCCCGCUAUGUUAAUCGGUUACGGCAUGGUGUACUAUGACAAGGCUAUUCUAGGAAGUGCAUCCCUCUUUGGCAUGACCACCGAUCUGGCUUUAGAAGUGAUCGAUCAUUCUACAUCUCCAGCCACAGUCGAUACCUCUCGUCUCAGCUGGGCAACGUCAAUUUUCUAUUUUGGAAUGCUGGCGGGGCUUUACCCAAUGACUUUCAUCUUACAAAGAUUUAACAUUCGAUGUGUUCUUGGUCCCGUAGUUCUGCUAUGGGCCCUUGUCUGUGCCGCGACUGCUGGCGUGUCAUCCUGGCGAGGGCUAUUUGUUCAGCGUUUUUUCCUUGGUUUUAUUGAAAGUGUCAUUCCGACAAGCUUCAUGACAAUUGUCGGCAGCUACUACACGCAAGAAGAGCAAGCUCUUCGACAAGCUUGGUGGUUCUCCGGAACAGGCUGGUUCACCAUCAUUGGUGGAGCACUGAACUAUGGCUUCGGCCAGAUAACGUCCGGUUCUUUGGCCAGAUGGCAGUACAUCUAUAUUCUUGCUGGCGCUUUGACGUUUUUAUUCGGUCUCUGGUGCUGUGCAAUGCCCAACUCGCCGGUGUCCGCAUGGUUUUUGACCCCGGCGGAAAGAGUGAUCGCCGUGGAGCGACUGCGAAAGGGACAAACUGGCAUCCGUUGCCAGAAAAUCAAGUUUGAUCAAAUCAAAGAGUCCUCAUUGGAUGUCAAGAUUUACCUGGUAGCCGUCAUGAUGGCGUCAGCGUACACCAUUAACGGAGCUAUUUCUGGCUUUGGGCCACUGAUCGUUUCCACAUUUGGCUAUGAGACCCUAGACUCUAUUCUAUUUCAAUUCCCCGUCGGUGCAGUUUGUGUUAUCUUCAUCCCUCUAUGCGGAUACAUUCCAACCGUGAUCCCCAACACACGCAUUCCCAUGUUGAUUGUGUGCUGCUUGCCAGUUAUUGCCGGCUGUGUAAUGAUUUGGAAGUCACAAUGGGGCUAUCAGCCCGCUACUCCAGUCGUCGGCUAUGCUCUUACGGGUUUCUUCGGACCUGUGGUCAGCCUGAUCAUUACAGUCGGAGCUAGCAACGUGGCAGGAGCCACCAAGAAAACCGUUAUGGCUGCCACGGUCUUUGUCGCUUAUACUGUUGGAAACAUUAUCGGACCUCAGCUGAUCAAGAGCGAGACCAAGGCCCAACACUAUCCAGAACUAUGGACAGGCUUGAUCAUCUGCUAUUGCAUCACCAUUCUCGCGGCCAUUACUUUAUACCUGGUGCUCUGGAGGGAAAAUCGCUCAAGAAGUACAUUGGAGUUGGAUGAAAUACAGCGUGACAAGAUCGCCUUCGAUGACCUUACCGACAAGCAGAAUCCGUUCUUUCGUAGGGGCAAGACCCUGAACAUAUCGGGCCCCCAAACGCCUUGGAUUUUGUCGAUUGUAUAA